GAAGAGACAGACAUGCUUUCCUCCGGUGCUUCAGUGUGACCUUCCUGUACGUCAGAGGCCUCCCAGUAAGAAAGCCCCGAGAGGCUGUAUCUUCUUCCAUGCGGUCUGUGAGGGAUGUGGCACAUGGCCUGGAGAGAGUAUUGUGUACGCUGCCAGGUGCCAGCCUACAGGUCAUCCUGGACACCCUGCAACUUUCAAAAUCAUGACCUGAGUCCUUCUCCCAUCCCGUUCCACGACCCACAUGCAGUUACUGAGAGAGAAAGAGAUCACUCCGUGCAGUGGGAACUUCUCUCAUCUGUUCUUGAUUCUAGAUGAUGAGCUCAGAGCUCCCUUUCCAGGUGAUCCUUUGGAUCCGGAUUCUGUGCGUGUGCCCGUGGGACAACCCAGAGGCCCUGCUGGUGAAUCAGCAGAAUGGAAUCCUGUCUAUGAGCCUGAGGGGGAUGCUGGAGAUGUGCCUGGAGGAGGUGAUCCAGGUUCCCCUCUAGGUUCUGGGACUGAAUCUCCAGCAGAUCACAUGGGUCCAGAAGAAGGAAAGGAUGAAUCCAAAAGAGUAGAAUACUCCCAGGGCUCAUCCCAUCUCCUAAAUGACCUGCUGAAGGAAAUGGAGAAUGCAGCGCGUGGGACUGACCAACAAAACUGCACAGGACGCGCUGCAGGAAGGCAGCCAUCCCACGCUGCCAGUCUGGGACAGAGGAACGCAGAUAGCGCCAACGACUGGCAUGCCAGGGAUGAAUGCUGGGAAAAGCACAAAGGCUGCUGUUCACAAAUCUGUGCGAAAGCGCCGCAUCGCAGCGAUGGUACUGUUCUCAGCUGUGCUGCUGUCUGCACUGUUGUUGGCCUGUGGUGCUGCGUUAUGGAUGUGCAAAAAAUACCUGUGAGUUGGCUUUUCCCCAAAACACUUUAUUGCUGCAUUUGGCAAGGAGGCAUUUGUGGUGCCAGGACCCUGGACGGCCAAAUCAGUUGCUGGCAGUACACUGCCAGGACUUACGUUGCAAAGUCUUUCAAGUUUCCCCUUAUUUCCUGUCCGUGAGUAGUGCUUUCUGAAACUCAUUCUCACAGAGUGUGCAAGAGAGAAGAAAGAGCAGCAGAACGAGCUCUUCCUGAUACCAACUGAGAGAGUGUUCCAGCUGGAGAUGAGGGCAGAACGGAGCGGGGAGAGGCAACAAGAGAGACUCCUGCCCAACCAAACCAGAAUCUCAACAAUAGUUCCAGUCCAUUCCAUUCUACCAUCCAAGAUACCAAAGGUCUUCAAAGUCAUCUGGAAGACCUGGAGCGUGAACUCAAAGCCAAAAAAGAAGUCCACGGGAACAGUCCUGAGUGCUGCUUUCUGUCAGAGGACAGCCCUGAAGCUGAGAGCGGAGAAUCAGCAGCAGAGCCUUUGUCCUUCACCCUGCAUUCUCCAGGACAAGUAUCAGCAAUAAUUCCAAGAUUCUUAGCUCACCAUAGCUACAGUCCUUUUGAGGGUCGUAGUGAGAACCCAGAAAGUGAGCUUCCUCUGACUGCUGGACAGUAUUGUUUAUUGUCUUUGGAGAUGUGGAUGAGGAUGGCUGGUUUCUGGGAGAGCUGACAGAUGGCACAAGAGGACUGGUCCCUUCCAAUGUGGUUGUGGAAGUUUCCGAUGAUGAACUGGAUACAACGAUGCCUCUAGAGCUUUGUGAUCUCCUGCUGGACACUGAUGAUUAAGUGGAUGCAGAGAUUCCAUAACGCAGCAACAUCCUGUAAAAAUUCCUGCACUGAUUCGUCUGCAAGACUACCCCCUGCUCCACUAGAUGUUCAAGUGGAGUGUGAGCAGGAUGUGGAUGAGCUCCUUCAGGAGCUCUGUGGUGACUGACAGUGUAACUGCAUAGUCUUAUUAUAUAUUAAAAACAAAAAAAAAAGAACAAAAAAAAAAACAAUAAACAAACAAACAAAAAACCCAACACUGUUCUUUUUCUUGGAUACAUUGAUGAUACUUUUUCCAGCUGAGACUUUGCAGUGAGUCUUGAAGCAGAUUUGAACUGGUAGAAGUUGGCAGUGUCUGCAUUCCGUUCUCCUAAUUUCCUUGCUGGUCGGAGUUAACGUGCCCUGCAUCCGUUCCCCAGCUCCAGCUGCCUCCUGAAUCAUGAGAGCAGCCUUUCCAUAUUGUGAAAACAGCCUUUUCACAUAGUUGGAGUGGAUUCAUGCUGAAGGACAAGAUGCUUGUGGACAUGUAAGCUCAGGAAAAGAAUGUAGAGUCCAUGGAAACUUGCUGCCAAACAACACUAAGAAAGAAGAAUAGACUCCUGUUGUUGAAGAUGGAACAGUAAAACAGAUGCCCCAGCAAAACACAAUGCCAGUACAAGCUGGUUGGGGCUACUCCCCCUGAAAAGGCUGCAAGUUCACAGCGAGGUAGACUACUAGCCCUCAUUCAAUGACUACCAGAGACCCCCACCAUGUUUUUAGGACACGUGCUCAAGAGGGUGGGACAAUAUGUUAAUAAUUUCUCAGAAUUCCAGCCCAUCUUCAUGGAAUGUAAUGAAUAUAUGUAUGCAAUGUCUUUAAA